AUGUCGAGUUAUUCUUUAUUAAUUGAUUUAUUAUUCGCAAUCUUGAUCGAAUCACAAAAUGAUGGUAAAACUUUUAUAGAGACAAAGAAUUUAAUUAUUCAAAAAAUCAUUGAAUACGGUCGAUCGACAAAAGACUUCUUCGAAUGGCUCAAAGGCCAUCAUACACAAUCAAAAAGCGUUUUAUUCCUUGGAAUCCUUCAUUAUUACGAUGUUGGCUCUGAUGGUAAUCAUAGCGAAGGCUUCAUGUGCUUCUUAAAAACCGCAAAUACUCAUCCUAUAGCUCAAGUUUAUUUAAGCAGAUGUUAUAGUAGAAAAUUUGGAACGGAUAUGAAUCAUGAUUUGGCAUUUCAUCUGAUACAUGGAGCCGCUCAGAAUGGUAGUCCUGCCGCACAGAAUGAACUCGGUUAUGCGUAUGAGAAUGCGGAAAAUGGUUUAUCCGUUGCGAUGAAAAAUCUGGCUACAUGUUAUAAAAACGGUGAAGGAACCGAAAAGAAUUUGGAAAAGUCCUUAUACUGGAAUCAGAAAGCAGCUGAAAGUGGAAGUGUUAGUGCGCAAAUUAAUCUUGCAUUGGCGUAUAAAAAUGGUGAAGGAGUAGAGAAGGAUUUAGAAAAAGCUUUCCAUUGGUAUAAAGAGGCGUCGGAAAACGAUCACGAAAUCGCAAUGUUGAAUUUAUCCAUAGCCGCUUAUUGGUGUCAAAAAGUAGCAGAGAUUGAAAAUGAUACGCAAGAUUAUGUUACAUUUUACCAUAAAGACAGUGAAAUAAUGGAAACUGAAUGUGAAAAUGAUCCUAUAACUUCAUUUGAAAAUGAUGAGAUAAUAGAUGAAAAUGAAGAAAUAGCCCUUCAAUGGUAUCAAAAAGCAGCAAGAAAGGGAAGCUCCAAAGCAAAAAAUAGCCUUGGGUUAAUGUACGAAAAUG